CCAAAUCUCUGAAACAGCGAAAUUUGUGCCGUUAUUUUCCUUCUCUGCUUCGUCUUCGUCAGUGAUUUGACUGUGGAGUUUUUGUUAUUAGAGAGAGAGAGGGAAUGGAGAUGGAUGAAGAUAUGGAGAUCGAGCCAACGGUGUUCGAGGCGAAAGAGAUCGACCUUGAGUACGAGUUUGACGCGGCUCGGUGGUUCGAUUUCACUCGGAUGGAGUCAGCGGAGGAGUCUCAAUCCGCCGAGUUCUGGUUUCACUCUGCUCCCUCCUACGCUCCCUCUCCUUUCGUAACAAAACUGUUAAGCAGUGAGGAGGUUUCUGAUGACAAGACCGAGGCGGCGGCAUCCACUAGAUCAGAGGCGGCAGCAGAUGUUUGUGAGAGGGAUAGAGAAACCUAUCAGCCUUCGCAUAUGAAUAAAACAGGAAAUGGAAUGCGUUUUGGGAUGUUUUCAUCCCAACAAGGUAGUCACUUGAAGAAACUCCCAAGUCAACCCAUAUGCAAAGGACCAACGGUUAACAAUCACAACCAAAAUAAUAAACCAAAGUUCCGAGCUAAGUCAAGCAUUAGAUCAACUCCAAGGAGCUCGACAUUAAUGAGACCUACUGCUAGUCAGUUAGCAAAACAAAAUAAUGCAAGUAAAUUCCAUAUGCAAGUUGAUCAAAUUCAUGAGAAAGGAAUAUGUGGGACCGAAGUUCAAGCGGCUAAGAGACAGAAGCUUGAUGGAGGUCUUCUUCGUAAGGUUGCUGAUACAAAGCAGGAGAUGAAUUUUGUUCACAAGAUACCCAAGAAGGAUACAACUCUUGAUAGAAACUCACAACAAACCAGGACAAAGAUUACUAUCGCACAGGAACCUGAUUUUGCUACAUCGCAGAGGGCUCACAGGACACGGCACAAGAAUGAUACCAAGUUAGAACAGGACUCAACAACUGUAUAUAGAUUCAAAGCACGUCCAUUUAACCGAAAGAUAUUUGAUGCUCCCUCAUUGCCCAUCCGUAAAAAGAGCACUCCAAAACUACCUGAGUUCCAAGAAUUCCAUUUGAAGACUUCAGAAAGGGCUAUGCAACAUUCUUCAGCAGUGACAACAAGGUCUAAUCAGGGGAAUGAUGUGUAUAAGGGGUCAGACAAAUCUAAUAUAACUGAUGCACUUGACGGUGUUAGCAGGGCAAAUAGGAGACCAAGCGCUAUGGAUAUAUCUAAGCAUGAUGUCUCGGAGGGAAAACACAUUUUUAAAGCUCUUCCUCUAAACAAGAAGAUACUUUCAAGCAAAGGAGACAUGGGCAUUUUCAAAAAUAGCAAGCGAGAAACAACAGUGCCUUUGGAGUUUAGUUUUCAUACAGAAAAGAGAGUUCAACCAGAUUUACCAACAGACCUUUUCAGCAAGCUCUCCAUCAAAUCCGAGCUCAAGCAAAACAAUGGAUCUGGCACAAAAUUUCAUCAAGCAAAGGGCUUCAAGGAAAAUAGAGUGAACUCUUUCCAAGCAGGGAAUGAGGUAACAAACAGACUGGCAGCUGGACAACAAAUACAAUCUAGUAAUAGCGGAGUAGUAAUCAACCAAACAAACCAGCGAUGGACCGCUAGUAGGAGCUUAGGCAUUCGCUGAUGGUAUAGAAAAAAAAGCUUUUGUGGUAUCUGGAAUCAUCACCAACAACUUCUUUUGUACAUUCAAAUUUGGUUCUCUUCUCAGUCUGAUCCUACUUGCACUGUGAAGUCAGACCAAUUUGGCUUGAGAGUUUUCUUCGGCAUCUCUGUUUAUAUAAAAAGGAAGGAAAGAAAAACAGAAAAUGUAAAUCAGAAAUACUCUGAAUCUCUUGAAUUUUAAUUCACCAACCUUUAUAGGUAAAUAUGAGACUGAUCUAAACCCCAAAAAAACUAAUUAUAC